GGGGGGGGGGAGCAGCAGAAAAGAAGGGAAUGCCAAGCAAAGGGGCUGCUGGGAGGGUCCCGAGGUGGAAAGUGGAGGGGAUAAGACUGGUCCAUUAGAAAAAAACUGAGAGAGAGAGAAAAAGGAGAGAAAAACGGGAAGAAGAGGAAAGCGCCUGUAGGGGAGGAAGAUAGUGGGACAGAAGGAGCUGGUCAGAGCAGUGGGGAGACAGAGUGGAGUGAGUAAGGUGGGGGGUGGAAUUUGUGGAGUGAAUUAAGGACCGUGUCAGUGCCAGAAACGAAGGGAGGGGGGAACCCACGGUAGAAGAGACGAGACGCAUCAGUGGAAAGAGGAGCCGAGGCCGGACGAAGGGGCCCAGGCCACAGCAGGAAGCCCCCACCCACUGGCCCAUGGCCCCCAGCCCCACGCUCUGAGUGUGCCAGACAUGGAGAAGCCCCUGGCUGAGCCAGGGGGCCCCUACCCACUCUGCCCACACAAGGACUGCUGCGAGCGGGUGGUCAUCAACGUCUCGGGGCUGCGCUUUGAGACACAAGUCAAGACGCUGCGCCAGUUUCCUGAUACGCUGCUGGGUGACCCUCGGCGCAGGGUGCACUACUUUGACCCACUGCGCAACGAGUAUUUCUUCGACCGCAACCGGCCCUGCUUCGACUCCAUCCUAUACUACUACCAGUCAGGUGGACGGCUGCGGCGCCCUGCCAACGUGCCCAUCGACAUCUUUCUGGAGGAGCUCAAGUUCUACCAGCUGGGCGAAGAUGCCCUCACCAAAUUCCGGGAGGAUGAGGGCUUCAUCAAGGAGGAGGAGCGGGCAUUGCCUGAGCGGGAGUUCCUUAAGCAGGUGUGGCUGCUUUUUGAGUACCCUGAAAGCUCACAGGCUGCUCGUAUCAUCGCCAUCAUCUCCGUCCUUGUCAUCCUCAUCUCCAUUGUCAUCUUCUGCCUCGAGACCCUGCCUGAGUUCCGGGAUGAGCAAGAUAUUUCCCUCCCGCUGCACCAUCACCGAGGGAACAGCAGCCACCCCUCAUUACGGAGCUCAAAAAGCCAGUUCGAAGACCCCUUUUUCAUUGUGGAGACCAUUUGCAUCUGCUGGUUCUCCUUUGAGCUGGCAGUGCGGUUCCUGGCCAGCCCCAGCAAACCAGCCUUCUUCAAGAACAUCAUGAACAUGAUUGACUUCGUGGCCAUCAUCCCCUACUUUGUGGCACUGGGCACUGAGUUCGCCCGGCAACGUGGUGUUGGCCAGCCUGCCAUGUCCCUGGCCAUCCUCAGGGUCAUUCGCCUGGUCCGGGUCUUCCGCAUCUUUAAGCUCUCCCGGCACUCCAAAGGGCUGCAGAUCCUAGGGCAGACCCUCAAAGCCAGCAUGCGGGAACUGGGCCUCCUCAUCUUCUUCCUCUUCAUCGGUGUCAUCCUUUUCUCCAGUGCCGUGUACUUUGCUGAGGCUGACCAUGAGGAUACAAAGUUCACCAGCAUCCCUGAGGCCUUCUGGUGGGCUGUGGUCACCAUGACAACUGUGGGCUAUGGUGACAUGUCCCCCGAGACAGUGGGUGGCAAGAUCGUGGGCUCGCUGUGUGCCAUUGCUGGUGUCCUCACCAUCUCCCUCCCAGUGCCUGUCAUCGUCUCCAACUUCAGCUACUUCUAUCAUCGGGAGAUCGACUGUGAGGAGCAAGGCCAGUACACCCAUGUCACCACCUGCCCCUACCAUCUGCCCCCAUCCCCUGCACCCCCUGCCCUCCAGGAAAAGGCCCACCAAAGGGAGGAGAAACAACAGCAAGACAGCGCUGUGAUCCCACCCACCUCCAAGUUUCUGGAUGGGGUGGUGUAUGUGGAUGGUGGCCAGCUGAUGUCCUUGGGCCUUGAGCAACCCAACAAGCGCCUGGUGACUCAAGUGUGACCCCUGGUUCCCUAGCCCUCCUGCUUUUCUACGCCUCCCCUGCCCAACUGGAGGGGACAACACAAGGUAGCUCCCAGCUUAUCUCCCACUGGGCCUGCCAGGGAGAGGUCCAUCUCCUAGAUGGUGGGAGAGGGGACAUAUCUCAAGGAGAGCCCAUCUGUCCUCAUUUUGUCCACCCCUCUCAGCAUGUUUGGGGGCAAGGGUCUCCUAACAUGGCUGUGUACAAAGAUGGUGACUGUGUAGGACUGCAUCUUGAGGAUGGACCAUCUGGCUUUCAUGAACUAGAUAGUGCAGAGACGUUACUGCCCAAGACAGCCCAUGGCCUCUCCUCUGACUCUUCUGCUUUUAGAAAGCUCUGGACACAGGCAGGUUGGGUAAAGGUGCCCCCUUCCCUGCCCCCACCCACCCCGUCUCCCCUCCGUGACUCACAGAGCAGUUGGCACUGGAGUGUCCUGUGAUAUCACAUCAGCGUGGUCUUGGGUUUCACCUGCUGGACCACGCUCUGGAACAUACCCCAUGCUGCCGAGCCUCAAAUAGCCAGAGUGGAGAUAAAUAAGGGAAUGUGUCUUGCCAAGACAUCUGAGCGAGGAUUUCAGAGCAACACAAUCCCGGCCUUUGGGGAGGCGGGGAGAGAGGGGGAUGGAGCCCCAGAAGAACUCUGUGUGCUGAGCUGGAGCUCUCUCCCCAUGGCUCCCCACCCUCCCUCACACCGUCCAAUACUCUCCCACCUUGUCCCACCUGGAAGGAGCUGGCAGGUGGGGAUGGGAUGGCUGCUCCAAGGGACUUGACCUCCCAACUUAUCUCAGGGAUGUUGUAACCACAGCGUGUUUGGGUAAUUGGAAGGAGAUUCCAGAUCUCUUUCUCCUUGUCUCUGGCCUUGGACAUGGCAUAGGUCUCCCUUGAAGGCCAGCAGUCCCUAGACCAAAGCUGCUAACGAAGGGGGCAUGGACUUGGCUCAUGGCUCACAGGAUAUGAGCAUGGUCAGUGACCCCCCACUGGGAAACCCUGGUUGAUGCAAGCGGCAGGUGAUGUGAGUCCUUCCCAGCUGGCCCAUGAACUCCAUGCAACUAUGCUGGGACCCUCCCACACUCACCCUGUCCAAAGCAACUUGGGUCCCUUUUGCUUCCCAACCCAACACCACAGAAUUCAAGCUCCUUCUAGUCUCUUCAACCAAUACAGCCCUACUAAACCCUCCCAUCCCCGGUCCAGUGUAAUAGAGCUCACCCCCAACCCAGCCCAACUCAGCUCCCUCCCAAGCCACCUAACACAACCCAGGACCCACUUCCCACCCAACCCCAUGCAACAAUGUCCCCUUCCAAGCCCCUAACUCAAUGCUACUCUGCACAAACCCUCUCAUCCUAACCCAGCACAAUGUAACUACACCCCCCAACAGAUCACAUCUUCAUGCACUUUCCCCUAGUAUAACUCCAUUCCCAGUCAACCCAGUGCCAUGGAACUCCAUCCCCUCCAGCUGCUCAACUCAACUGCCCCCAAGUCCACUCUCAGCCCCGUCAUGGCACGACACACCUAUGCAACUCAAGUCAACCCCAACCCCAACCCCAUGUCAUUCAGCUGUGUCCUUCCCAACCCAGCACAACAUGGAUCAUCCCACUCCAUCCCCAAACAAAACCCUGUUCAACUCACCCCUCACCUUUCCCAAGUCACAUCUUUUCCCAAGCUGCUGACCCUUCCCCCAUCCCCAACCCCUCCCAACCCAACUCACCUGUGGCCAAAGACCUAUGAGGCCAGGGUCCCCCCUCACCUCUCCUGGAGUGGAAUAACCUACCUAUAAAACAGAGGGUCCCCUUGAAGCCUUCAGGUACAAGACCCUUACAUACAUGCACACACCUCUGGCUAAAAGUGCAAGACAAGGAGGACUUGAUGGGGAUAGGGACUCUGAAAAAGCUCGGAAGUCUUAAAAAAUUCAAGUGGCUGCUGUGCUCAGACAUGCUGGGUCAAAUGUAAAGGUCUGGGGUGGGGAAAGAGGCCCCCAUCCUCUCUGCCCUGAUGUCAGUUCCACGCAACCCAUCCUUUUCAUUGUCUUAAUGUUUUGUUCCAAUGGUCUUAAGCUCCAGGUAGGAGCAGGAGGAGGUAGUGGUGGAAGGACUCACCAGGUAACUGCAGCAGGCCGGGGCUGUAGUGCAAAUAAGUGUGUGUGCGUGUGUGUGUGCGUGUGCAUGUAUGUGCAAACAUAGACACAAUGAGAUGGUUGUUGUGUGUCAUUAUUGCUGUAACUGUAUGGGUGGGUGCUCAGGUGCGUUUGCAUGCCCAUAGCAACGAGAUAACUGCUGGGUGUGUCGUUACAAUUACAGUAUAACUGUGUGUGUACGUGCGUGCAUGUGUGUGUGUGUGUGUGUGUGUGUGUGUAUUUAUGUAGCAGCAGUGGGAUGACUUUUGUGCACGAGUAGUUAUAACUAACUGAGCACAAGUACAAAACAACUGCAGACCAAACAGUAGAUGGGUGAGUCUGUGGUCACUGCAACAUAACAGUCGCGUGGGGAAGCAGUGGCCACAGCACGACUGGGUGGUAACUGUCAUUCGCCAUUGGGCGAGUGUAUUGUAACUACAGAGUUGCUGUGGUGCAUGUACAUGAGAAAUCACACUGUAACCCCUGUAAAAAUGUAUAGUAGUUACAGGACAAUGCACGUGCAAGCCAUUGGUAUGCAGAACUAAGCACAGGUGGGAGGUAAUUGCUGCAUAACUACAACGCGCGUGCAUGUGUGUGUGCGUGUCUCUGACAGACAGAGACAGAGGUGGAGACAGACAGCUACUGCAUAGCCUCUGGUCGAGUGUGCAGCACAGUGGUUCUCAACAUUUUUUAGACUCAAGGCCUCCCUCACAAAAUCCCAGCUCCUACCUUUCACACAUUUCUUGACUACAGAAAAAUACUUGAACGAGUUGCCCAUGGCACAGAGCUCAGGCAGGCCAUGGCUGGUCAGAAUGUUUGUGACACUAGAUUCCUGUUCCAAAUCUCUGGGUUUCUCUUGUGCAUUACCUGUACGUGUUUGCACACUUCACAGUGCUAAUUUUCUGCAGCACUCUUAAAAGGGUCUCAUGGUACCCUGGCUUGAGAAUCACUGGCUUAAAACUUAAAUAUAACUGCUGUGUAUGAGAGUGGUAGCUACUGUGUAACCACUGGAUGUGUGUGCAUAUGCAUGUAAUUACUGUAAUGUAAACACCAGGUGGGUGUGUAGUAACCACAGUGUGAAUGGGGUGCAUGUGUGUAUGCAUGUAAUUAUCGUAGAGAAAACACUGGGUGGGUAGUAACCACACUAUGAAUGCUGCAUGUGUUCACAUGUGUAUCCAUGUGUGCAUGUGCACCUCUGCACUUGUGUACAGUGGGUGCGUGAGUGUAUGCAUAUGUCCACAUACCUGUGGGUGUACAUGCAUUGACAGCCUCUGCUACAUUACAUAUAUUAUGCAAUUAACUGGUCAAUUGUGUGCAAUAAGUUUUGACCGGUCACAUGUGCCAAGUAAGUAUCACACCAUAAAAAUUACUCUCCAGCUAUAAAAAGAGCCAAUCAGCUAUGAAGUUAGUAUUUGAAAAUGUGUGACAACUCUAUAGCUGGUUUGUAUCCAGCUUUAAUUUGAAAAUGUAGCAAGGCCCUAUGUAUAAGUGUGUGUGUGUGUGUAUACACUGAACAUCUGUGUGUAUCUGUGUGUAUUUGUGUGUAGUGAGCAUGCGUGCAUGUAUGUGUGUACAGUUUGUGUGUGUACGUAGGUGUAUGCAUAUGAGUAUAUGUGUGUGUAUACAUGUGCAGUGAGUGUGUGCAUGUACCUGUGUGUACAUGUCCAGUGUGAGUGUGUGUGUAUGUGCAUAUACAGUGAGUGUGCUGUCACUGUAGCAUAUGCCUGAACAGUCAGUGAUGCCUUGUAGACAUGGGGCAAAAGUGCAGUCACCACCAUAAAUCUCUUAUCUGUAUGAGCAGCAGCCUGGGUGCAACUGUGCACAAAAGACCCAUGGUCAUGGUGCACAUGCAGUGCACCUGGGCCAAAACAGUGACACUGUACUGCUCCCAGGCCUGCUCCAUACCCAGGGCCUCCCAACCCUGCCCCUUCCUGGACCCAUGUGGACCCAUCAACUAUACCAGGCUGGAGGGACCCCCAGAGACCCUACUUGGUGGUACCUGACUUUAGAAGUGGUUGAUGGAGCUGAGAACACCCUCAGCCUGGUCUUCAGGUGCCUGGCAGGCACCAGCUCCCACGACCACCACCUUCUGCCUCCCUCCACAACUGCCCCCAGGACACUGGCACCUGUAGAUCAGCCACUGGUCUCCUCCUCCUAGGAGUCCUGCACAUGGGUGCCUGAGCUCUAUGGUUUGCUCUGAGUGGCUGCUGCUCCAAGUGCAGAUGCGUCUGAUGCAGCAGGGAACGCUGUGCUCAGUGGGCCAUCUGGGUGCAAGGGUACUCCCAAAGGGAGAUGGGCAUCCAGCCCCCACCUCCUGGGAGACCCGGGUUGUUUGGUAACAUACCAACUGGAGUCGGGGUCCCCCACAGUGCUAGGUGCUGCACAGAAUGACUGAGAUUGGGGCCCCAUCAUGCUAGACUGUGUCAGUUAGUCCCUGCCUCUCAGACCUCAUGCCCCUGAGCCAACAAAGAAGAACGCUUUCCCCCAACUAGAUCUGGGAGCAUGGGGCUUGCAGCUAUGACAGCUCAGCUGUGGAAAGCCAGGACUUGAAUCCAUGUCUCCAGAAACUCCUGCUCAGACCCACUGGUGCUCCCUCCAUCCUGGUGUAUCUCAGGGCAAGAAAGUCCAUACCUGCACUUGGGUGCACCAGGUACCAGGGCCACCAUUCCCACUGCCUCCAUAGGCCAGAGCCCACUGCAUCCCCUCCCUUUGUCCACAGAUGAGCUCCCAACUUGGGAUACCUUGUAUACUGGCGUGAGAAGAGGCAGCUCUUCGAAACAGGCAAUGUAUCUACAAUAAACCCAACGGCACUGGUUAUUUAUUGCUAAGGAAGGAUGGGGCCCAGCUGUGUUUUCUCUGAUCUCCCCUUUGCGGUGCCCCCCAGCCAGGCCCCCUUCCAUUAGCCAACUCAUACAUUGUGCGGGGGGGGGGUAAACCUCCAGUGUAAAUCUGGAGGGGCCAGUUGCUGUAGGAAACUGGGUGGGGAGAGAGGAGUGGCUGUUGUCUCUGAUGGGGUGACACCCCAUUUCCACUAGCCCCAAAUCCUCUCCCAAAACCAUUGCAUCAAUCCCAGGGAUCCCCAGAACAGGCCAAGGGGCUGCCCCAUGGCAGAUCCAGGGCUAGAUUUCUUGCUGGACAGGGAGGAGGUAAUAUUGAACUCAUACCGGGGGGGGGCUGGGGCUGGGGACUCCAGGUUCUAGCUGUUCUGGUGCAUCUACACAGAAACCCAUGUUGAAGUGAGCGUGUGGAACCCAGGAGGGCUGUGCUGGUUUUGUGCCUGGCUGGAGCUAUGCACAUCAGUCUAGAGGCUCUACUAGCAACAUUGGGAAGGUGGGAGGUGCCAAGCACAGGAAAGUGGGGUUUGCAACAGUGAAUUAAGGCAGCUAUGGCCCCAGGUUGGCACGGGGAUGAAUCCCAGUCUGUGAGCCAUCCUGAUGUGUGUACCACUGGUGAUGCCAGGGGUACUGGCCGGGUUGCAAUUCCAGUGGGUGCACGGCAGGUCACUGGUAGCCAGGAGCUGUCCUGGAGCCCCAGUCCCCUGUCCAACCUACUCCUAACAUUACCCCGGAGCCCUGUCCCACUGCUGUGAGGCCACUGUCCAAGGAUGCCAAGAGCCCCCAAACCCGCUCCAGGUGAAGCCAGGGGAUGGGGGCUAGCAGUGUCUGGCUCCAACCAGGUUGUUACAUACACUGGAGACAUCCAAGGACCUAGAUUUUGAAAAGGGGAGGGGUGCAGAUGCUGUGGUACAUUAUCACAUAUAAGACAACACAUAUUUUUCUCCAGUUAAAGGGAAACUAGAAGCUUUCCUGAUAACCUGGGGGACUAGCACUAUAUUAUUCCCUUUAAGAUCAAAGCAAAAGCAAAAAUCACUAUGAGAAUGCACUCUGAUUUGCCAAAUUAUACAUAAAGCUUAGAAAAAGAAUGCAACAAACGAUGUAAAAAAUAAAAUGGUCUAAAGACA